AUGCCUUCCAAGACUGGCUUCCAUCUUGCCCAGAAUGAGCCAUUUGUUGUCAACUGCACUGACACUAAUUUUGAAGAUGCUAAUGAGGAGGAAUUAGAUUCCCUGAAUGUUCCCUAUGACUAUAAAUUUGUGAUGCACUACAGCAAAAAUGCCUUCCAAAACGGGACAGAAGUAACAAUUGUAGCAAGAAUCCCUAACUUUACGGAUGUGAUUGGUCAACAAAUAGAUUUCGGUGAUUAUGACCUUGAAAAAUUGAAUCGACUCUACAACUGUUCUUCUUCCAAAACCUUUAUGGAUUCGUGUGAUUUUGAACAGGAAGAUAUCUGCGGCAUGAUUCAAAGUUCAGAAGACAAUGCUGAUUGGCAGAGGGUUUCACAGGUGCCUGGUGGACCUGACACUGAUCAGACAUACCUGGGCAAAUGCAAAGGCUGCAGUUUCUUCAUGCACUUCAACAGCAGCUCUGUGAAGGAAGGGGAAAAGGCAGUCCUGCAAAGCAGAUUAUUUCACCCUAAGAGAGCAUUUCAGUGCUUGCAGUUUUAUUAUUACAACAGUGGUAACAAAGAUGACCAGCUCAAGAUCUACGUCAGGGAGCAUACCUCAGCCAAUUUGAAUGAUUCUCUUACUCUGGUGCAUGAAGUGAAAGAUCCACCCACUGGAAAUUGGGAACUCUAUUAUGUGCCAUUGAAUGUUACCAAAAAAUUCAGGGUGGUAUUUGAAGGAACUCGAGGUUUUGGCACAUCAGCUGGUGGUCUCUCAAUUGAUGAUCUCAACCUCUCAGAAACACAGUGUCCUCAUCACAUUUGGAAGAUAAGCAAUUUUACAGAACUCAGUAGCUCAAGGGAAAUAAUUUCUAGCCCUCCAUUUUACUCUCAUAAAGGCUAUGCUUUUCAGGUUCAUUUGAAUUUAACAAAUGAGGCUAAAAUAGGGAUAUAUUUCUCUCUGAUCUCUGGAGCCAAUGAUGAAUAUUUAGAGUGGCCAUGUCCAUGGCAUCAAGCCACAAUGACCCUAUUGGAUCAAAAUCCUGAUAUUCGUCGGUCCAUGUCCCACCAGAGGAGUGUGACUACAGAUCCAUUUAAGAAAAUUGAAAAUAAUAGUGAAACCUUUUUUUGGGAUAAGCCCUCCAAAGUAGGAGUGACAGCAACUUUCCCUAAUGGAACAUUAUAUAGCAGAGGUCCAGCAUUUGGAACCAAAGACUACAUAACCCACGAAUGGAUGCAAAGAAGAGAUUUUGCCAAAGGAGAUAAUGUUUACAUUCUUUUGACAGUGGACGAUAUAUCACAUCUCCGUUCCAAUAAGUCAUCACAUAUCCCUCUAAAGAUGCCAACUCUUCAAAGAAAUUCUGACAUAGACCUCUGUAAAAAUUUCAUCUGUGAAAAUGAUGGUAUCUGUGUUAUCCACAUGGACAAAGCAGAAUGCAGGUGUCGGUCAUUGAAAGACUUGUGGUACGUGGGAGAAAGAUGUCAGAUACAGAUCUUAGCCUCGCUUCAAACUGUAAUAGAGGCUUUAUUCCUUGUAACUUCAUUUGCUGCCACAGUUGUAGUGGCUCUUUUGUCUUUUUACUUUGGUAAGAAGAAAUAUAGGAGGAGGAAAAAUUCCAGGACAUCAAAUAUGACGUUAGAACAUGUAAGUAUGCAAUAA